GCCAAAUACUUCACCGCGUCAAUGCCAUAUAAAAUACCAAAACAAUUAGUCUUUCAAUCAACGACUUAGUACUUGCUCGUAUAAAUUCGAAGUUUGAUCCAAAUUUGCAGAGCCAAAAAUUGAAUCCAUAACUAUUUAUCGGCGGUCGAAGCCUCAUCAGGGUUUAAAGGCAUAAUUUUUGCUUUGUUGCGAGGAAAUAGCACUAGUAGUUUUGGUCGCUAACGAUGUUUACGCGGAUUUUUGGAAAGCCUAAGCAAGAGACAAAUGCUCUUGCAACACUAGAUAAGUUGAACGAGACUCUUGAGAUGCUUGAGAAAAAAGAGAAUGUUCUCUUGAAAAAGGCCGCUGGAGAAGUUGAAAAAGCCAAAGAAUUCACUAAAGCUAAAAAUAAGAGGGCUGCUAUACAAUGUUUGAAAAGGAAAAGGCUUUACGAGCAACAAAUAGAGCAGCUGGGGAAUUUUCAGUUACGCAUUCAUGAUCAGAUGAUAAUGCUAGAGGGUGCAAAAGCUACAACAGAAACUGUCGAUGCUCUGAGAACUGGAGCUGCUGCGAUGAAAGCCAUGCAGAAGGCCACGAAUAUUGAUGAUGUUGACAAAACAAUGGAUGAGAUCAACGAGCAGACUGAAAAUAUGAAACAAAUUCAAGAAGCAUUGUCGGCACCACUUGGUGCAUCAGCUGAUUUUGAUGAGGAUGAAUUGGAGGCUGAGCUUGAAGAGCUAGAAGGAGCUGAGCUGGAGGAACAGCUUCUGCAACCUGCAACGACAGCCCUUGCUGCCCCCAUUCGAGUGCCUGCCAGAAGGAAACCAGCAAACAAAGUUGAAGAUGAAGACGACGAACUUGCUGAAUUACAGAGGGAAAUGGCCCUUUAAUGAGGCGGGAAGAAAUCAUGGCACGACGUCAUAUAAAGGUUAUCAUAGUUUCAGCUGCUAUUCAUGUGUGCAUUAUAUAUCUGAACAAAGGAAGGCCUAACGGUGCAAUUGAGACAAUCCAUGUUUAAAAAAAUAAUAUAAUCUCUCAUCUCAUUUCAUCCCUCGAUAA